AUGGAGGGGCCGGAGAGAUUCGGGAGAUGGCUACGGAGGGUGCCACCCCUGCUUUUUCUUUUAAAUUUGGGCGCUAAACGUUGUGAAGCUAGGCAUGACAAGCAUGACUACAUUACUAUCAUCGAGAACGAGACACCUAUUGUAAAGCCUGUUUUUGAGACACAUUCCUUAGAGUUCGAGAAAUUACGUGGAGAAUGCUUCGACGGUGCUAGCAAUGUCUCAGAAAGGAUCACGGGCCUUCACACUCUGAUUCGAAAAAUAGAACCUCGCGCCUUAUUUUCACACUGCGACGCACACAACGUGGACAGCACAGUUUUGGCAAAAGCUGCUGGAUUUCUCAGGCAUUUAGAAUCAUUCGAAUUCUACUACUUGUUGACUCUUUUCAUUGAGUUGUUCGAUCGGAUCAAAAUUCUGAAUACGGAGCUGCAAAAAACAGAACUCUGCUUAUUGGAAUCAUCUCAGAAAGUUAAAGCGGUCGCUGAUGGUUUGAAGCAGAUGCGAGACUCUAAAUUUGACACUAUUUGGAAAAAAGCUACAGCUGAUGCAAAGGAACUGGAACUCGAUGACCCAAAACUGCUACGAACUCGAAAUAUUCCAAGAAAAUUGGAAAACUCUGGAGCCAGUGCCCUUCACAUAUUCAAGGAGCCCAAAGAUUAUUACAAGAAAGUUUACUAUGAAAUUUUCGACACUCUGGAAGCCUUCGCUAUCUUCUCAGUGAAGAAGAAGAAAGAAGAAAAAGCAGAAGGGGAAGAAGAGGACGGUAACACAAGAGGAGAGGACAAUAAAUGGAAGAAAGAAGUAUCUGUAGAUGGAAUCGUCGAGUUUUACGGAAAUGAUUUUGACAAGGAUGCAUUGGUUCGAGAUCAUGAUUUCUUCGUUGGUCUGGUUGAAAAGAAGCAACCUACGUUGGAGAGUAUCAAAGAUGUGGUUUCGUUUCUUCGAGAUAAUCCUUGGUGCCAUGAGCUGGUGCCUGAGUACUCCAAAUUCAUCCGAUUGCUAUUAACGAUUCCGAAUUCCACUUGCACCAACGAACGAAGCUUGAACGAAGCACCAACGAGACGCUUGAAGAAUUAUCUUCGAUCAACAAUGCUCCAAGAGCGACUGAAUAAUAUUGCAAUACUACCAUCGACAAUUAGCAGAAAAUUUAGAUCUAGAUGA